GCCGUGCAUAGCCCAGCAGUCAAUCUAAACAAAAACAAACAAAGAAAGAAAGAAUAUACAUCUCUGCCUCCGUUCCCUGUAGACUUGAGCUGCCUGUCAUGCAUACUGAUCCGACGGUCAUCGCCAUAUACAGUCUCCUGGCAACAUCGUUCCUUCUUCCCUCCGCCGCGUAUGUCGCGCAGGUGCCCCUUGGUGAUGAGACCUGCGAGCAAACCACGGUGGCCAUCUUGGGUGGUGGGAUGGCCGGGGUUGCGGCUGCGCAAGCCUUGGCCAACACGUCCAUCGAUGAUUUCGUCAUCCUCGAGUAUCGCGACACCUUGGGAGGCCGUGUCUGGCACACGGACUUCGGGACAGAUGAACAUGGCAAACCGUACGUGGUCGAGUUGGGGGCGAACUGGCUCCAAGGUCUCGGCUCCGACGCCAGAGAGAACCCAGUCUGGGCUCUGGCCAAAAAGUAUAGCCUCCAAAACACCUACUCCAACUACAGCUCCAUUCGCACCUACAACGAAACCGGCUACACCGACUACCGGCACCUCCUCGACGUCUACGCCGACGCGUACCAGAUCGCGGCCCGCGACGCCGGCCGCAUCCUGACGCAAAACCUCCAGGACCAAACCGCCCGCACCGGACUCGCCUUGGCCGGCUGGCGGCCCCGAAAGGAUGACAUGGCAGCCCAGGCAGUGGAAUGGUGGAGCUGGGACUGGGAAGACGCCUUCACACCCGAGACCAGCUCCCUGGUCUUUGGCAUCGCCGGCGAGAACCUCACCUUCAACCAGUUCGGGAAGGCCAACCACCUCGUCCUCGACCCCCGAGGCUACAGCACCAUUAUCGAGCACGAAGCCGCCACCUUCCUCACGCACCCUGUCCACGACCCUCGCCUCCGACUCAACACCACCGUCACCGACAUCCAGUACUCCCCCAACGGGGUCACUAUCCACAACCGUGACGGCAGCUGCAUCCGCGCCGCCUACGCCAUCUGUACCUUCUCGCUGGGCGUCCUUCAAAACAAGGCCGUUACCUUCCACCCCGCACUCCCCCACUGGAAGCAGACCGCCAUCGAGAAAUUCAACAUGGGUACCUACACCAAGAUCUUCAUGCAAUUCAACGAAACUUUCUGGCCCACCGACGCCCAGUUCUUCCUCUACGCCUCCCCGACCACCCGCGGCUACUACCCGGUCUUCCAAUCCCUCUCCACCCCAAAUUUCCUCCCAGGCUCCCACAUCCUGUUCGCCACCGUUGUCGACGAGCAGGCCUACCGCGUCGAACGCCAAACCCCGGCUGAAACCAAGUCCCAAAUCCUCGCCGUCCUCCGCGAAAUGUUCCCUGAAAAGAACGUCCCCGACCCAAUCGCCUUCACUUACCCGCGCUGGUCCACCGAGCCCUGGGCAUAUGGCAGUUAUUCCAACUGGCCGGCGGGAACCACGCUGGAGAUGCACCAGAACUUACGCGCCAACACGGGUAGGCUGUGGUUCGCUGGCGAAGCGACCAGCGCCCCGUAUUUCGGCUUUCUGCAUGGGGCGUGGUUCGAAGGGCGUGAGGCGGGGGCGCACGUUGCGGCAUUGCUGCGGGGAAAGUGUGUGGAGUUGCUCGGGGGGUUGGAGACGUGCGAGGAGAGAAGGUUUUAUGCGGUGUUGAAUGGGACAACGCCCUUGGACGCAUAUAGUGGGUUGAACGGGUGGCCCGUGAGCAGUACACUUUUGUAG